UGGCGCAUGAAACAGACGAGAGAAAUCUUUGCAAUUUCCAAAUGUUCUCUCUAGCGCGUCACGCUUAAUUGUGUGAUGUUAUGACGCCCCUUUACAAUGAAUAGGACUUUAAGAGUUUCUCUAAGGAGCCAGGUAAGAGGAAAAAUCGGUGUAGCCGGUACUUUUGCUUAGGGUUAGGGUUAGGGUUACAUUGCUUCAGCGUCAGUGGUGGCGAAGAACUGCUCCUGGCAACUUGUCACAAUGGAGAUCACGGCGAGUUCCACGUGAAGUAUUUUGUUUACGGUUUUCUAGAUAGAUGAAAGCUGGGUCGCAUCAUGUGAACUCUCUACUGUAAGGGUGAUUUGAAUGUUUGAACUCUUUGUCGAGUACAUUUAUGACUGACAAUAUGAUAGAAGCCGGUGAAGCAAUAUUGUCUUCAGAAAAUAAUUAUGUAACAUACUUUCCGUUAAAAAACUCAUAGUGGUUAUGUCGAUUACCUGAGUUCCUCUUGAAAAAUAACUCCCUGAAUCUUUGUUGAGGAAAAACACCUAAACUUUGUACUGAGAGAAAACUGCAGUUUUAAAUGGAUGAGGAAUGUUUGCUUUUCAGAUCAUCCACCACAUUUGUGGCAAGUACUCCUUGCAGUUCACAAGGCCAGUUACUUGUGUAUGGAAGCAUAUUGAAAAAAGAUGUAAACAUCAAGAUUCUUCAAAUGCCUUUAAGGUACCUUUUCUUAAUUUUCUGAUUUGAUAAAACUUUGUCUUUUAACUCCUUCAAACCCAUUGCCACAUCUUGGAGAUCCAGUAGUCUCGCUUUUUUCAGGAAAUUAGGGUGGUAUUUGUAUUUUUACUGAACAGUAUUUGUAUUAAUCUGAUUUUUAAUAUUCAUAUCCUGUUCCUUUUUCUUUUUUUAUGACAGUUUCUGGGCCAUGCAAGGACAGCACUCCACAGAAGAUGGCAGCAUUCCUUACCACAGAAACCUGGUUCACAGGUACACUGUAAUUUUUUUACGACCACCCAAAAAUUUUAUCACAUAUUAUAUACCUGUCACUUAUUAUCUGAAAUGCAACAUUUGCCGCACAGCCCAGCAAUUAAAGGUUCCCAGCAUUGCAUAUAUAGUUAACAGAAUUGUGUUGUUUAACCCUUUAACUCCUGUGAAUGACCAAGACAGAAUUUCUCUUUACCAUAUCAAUACAAAAUAACGAAAUUAUCAAUUAGGGGACUAUUAUUUGAUUUCAAUACCAAAUUCUCCAAACAACAUCAUAUGAAUUGUAUGACAGAGAGUAAGGAGAAUCACUAAUGAGAUCUUGGGGGUGAAAGGGUUAAGGUUUGGAAAGAAACUUUUGGGGAAUGUGGUUAACAUGGAGUAGAGGUCAUGCAGCCCUCAAAAGGGUUAUCCACCAUCUGAAAAUAGUUACAGUUAUUUGGAUUGUGGGACAUUUUACUUCUUAUGACAAAAUCCAUAGUAUUACACAAUUAUGACUCCAGCAACUCAAUGUUUCAUUUGAAAGUGAUGUCUAAAGAGAAGUACAUGAUAACAGGAUUAUACAUGGAUGGUUUGAUAUUGUUAACACAAAAGUUUAAGGAAAAGACAAUCUUUUACCUUGGAUUUCAAAUUUAAAAUAUUGGUGAAAGUUUCAUGCAGCCAUGCAGUUGAACACCAAUUAUAUGAUUAUUGAUGUGUUCUGAAGUAAAUUUUUUUUCACUCUUGUCUCAAUUUUUCAGUUAUAUAUUGCAUUAAGACCAGGUAUGACCAUUAGACAGCUUGCUGCUGAGAUGAGUUGUGAUCCAGGUAAUGUGCAAAUAAAAUUUGAUAUUAUUAGUAACAAGUAAAUCAUUGUCUUCAGAUGAUUUCAAAAUCACAUGAAUAUUACUGAAAUCUAACCCUUUAACUCUCAUGAGUGGCCAGGACAGAAUUUCUCCUUGCAAUAUCAAUAUGAUAUCACACAGUCAAGUGAUGAGAAUAAAGAAAAAUAUCAGUUAAGCUACCAGUUUAUUAGUUGAUCCAAUGGCAAAUUCUCAGAACUAACAUCAUAAGAAUUGAAUGGUAGACAGUAUGGAAAAUUUACAGGGAUUUUGGGAGUGAAAAGGUUAAUCCAAAUUAAUUUGAAUGCUUAAACAGGUUCUCUAGCUGACAUACUGGUUGAACUUGGCGAAGAAUUGCCCAAUGGUCUGCUCACAGGUACAUGGAAAUGUCUUUUCAUUGUAGAAAACAGUGAAAUAUUUUAGAGUCAUGUUUUUGUGUAUUUUUUGUUUUAUUAUUAGUAAGUACUUGAAAAUUCCAAAACUUAGCUCGUGAAAGAGACAGAUUUACUGAACCUUUCAAUCCCUAAGAGUGACCAGCAUCUAAUUUCUCCUUACAGUUGUACACUAUAAGUGCAGUAUGAAUAAUUCCCACUGAUCAUGGAAGUAUGUAGGAAGGGAUCACCAUACUGAGAAGCUUUGAUUGUUAACCAAAUUCUCUUUGUAAGUACUAGGGAGAAUGUACAGCAAAGAGGACAGAGAACACAGAUCUGCAUUAGGGUGUAAUGGGUUAUUUAAAGAGACUGAAAAAAGUUCAUGUUCUGUGGUAUUUUUAUGUGCAGUGCUUUCAUCAGACCAAGCCGAGUUGUUGGUGAUGGAACACAACAUGACUCCUGUUCACCGAGAUCUCAAAACAGAAACAAGGUCUGAAAAAUGGUUGAAAAUAUGAUUCUUGAUAGUUAAUGAUAAUAAUAAAAUAAUAUCAAGGAUCUCAAGUUCCCUUAUAUUCAAGUUCAUCAUUUUGACAAGAUCCAGUUUUCUUUAGAAUUUAUAUUUACACUGUCAAUUGAGUGUAUUAUGUGCUCAAUGCAUGUAAAGUGCUUUGUAUACAUUUAUGUUGAUUGUGAGUAAAACUUAAUAUUACUUUCUGUAAUGACUGAUAAUGUUUUUUUCAUUUUUUCUUCACUUGAAAAAAAAAAACAGCCAUUCCCUUGAAUCAAGGCCUCCUGUAGUGACAAUUAUGGGUCAUGUUGACCAUGGCAAAACCACUCUACUUGACACACUGAGAAGAACAUCAGUAGUGGCUGGGGAGGCUGGAGGAAUCACACAACAUAUUGGUGCUUUCUCAGGUAAUAAAAAGAGACUAAUACAUUGGUGUGCGUAGUUAUAGAAUUUCUCUUCGAGUGUUGAAUUAGGUAUCUUGUGGGUGAGGGCAGGAAACAAGUAAGUUAUAAAGGUGAACUAUCUACAAGUAACCAUGCAUUAUUUUGUUUAUGACAUAGACACCAUGGGCCUAUUCUGACCAAAAACGUUGACUUUAUUUGCGACAGUUAUGGGAAAGUUUUACUAAUGUGCAGUGAUGGCUUUUCUCAGGGCUGGAAAUCCUUGUAAAACACAGCAGUUAAUAUCGAUAAUAGCAAAAAGUAGUUUUUAUCACUCCUAGUCCUCCUUAAAUUGGUCUCUUUAAGCUGUCAGGCUAGCUUCAUUCCUAUAUUAAUCCUUUAACUCCCAAGGAUCUGAUUGUUAAUUCUCCCCUCUAGCUGCUACACAUUUCUUUGUAAAUUAGCUUUGAGAUCUUGGUGCUAUAUCAAGAUAGCAGCGUCUACCUGACAAGGUUGAAUAUUCUCAUUACCUGUUUUCUGAAGAAUUUGUGGAUAUUGUAGGGAGAAGUUUUAUAUUAAUCACUUCUGGGAGUUAAAGGGUUAAAGAAGCAUAUAUACAAAUAAAAGUAAUGUUGCAGGGAUAUCAAAACAAAGCAGUGAUCACCAGAGUUUCGCUGGCUACUUGAUAGCAUGUCAUGGUUACUCUGGUCAAAAUAAAUACCUUUUGGCCCUGAAUGAACUUUUCAUAGCUGACUACUUUUGCAGAGUCUACUGCAAAACAUUUUGAAACCCUUGUUGUCUUCCUUUUGCAGUCAGCAUUAAAGGAACCGACAAGACAAUUACAUUCAUUGAUACACCUGGCCAUGCUGCAUUUGAAACAAUGAGGGCCAGGGGGGCUAAUGUGACAGACAUUGUUGUACUUGUUGUGGCAGCAGAUGAAGGUGUGAAGCAGCAGACAGUAGAGUCCAUAAGACAUGCCACCAGAGCAAAAGGUAUGAUGUCAGUCAAUAGUAUUGUUUAAGAUUGUGUGCAUGUUGCCAUCAGAUUUUACUUGCUGGUAAAAAUAUUUCUAGUUACGGAAGGGUGAAUUUUAAUAUUUUUAGUUAUGGUAGGUUGAAUUUUAAUAUUCCUUGAUACCUCCUAGCCCCGCUUAGAAGGAAUCUAACCCUGUACCUGCUAACCCUUUAAUUCACACGACUGACCAAGAAAAAGUUUCUCCCUUUACUAUCAAAUUAUCAAAUACAACAUUAAGCAGACAAGUUAUGAGAAUAAAGAAAAAUGUCAGUUAAAGGGUUAUUAGUUGAUCCAAUCAACUUAUAGCAAUAAGAAUUGCAUGGCAGGCAGUAGGAAGAAUUACUAAAUGAGAUGUACUGGUCAAAAUUCAACGAAGACUUUCAUUCAUUUGUAUAACUGAAUGAUUUGGCUGAAAUUCAUGUAGUCCAUGCCUUGAAGUCCUCUGAGACUAGCCACAGGCCAGAGCAGCCAAAUUCAGAUCACCUUUCUUGGUGUACAUGUAGUUUCCAUAAAUAACUCUUAGCAGUCAAGUUUGCUUUCUGUGUUGCUAAGAUACACACCAAGUUUUUUCCACUUGGAUAAAUGGCCCAUGCUCUAUUGAGCAUGUGGGCCUUAAAUCUGAGCUGAAACAACAUGUUUCUGUAACAUGCAGUACAAAGUAAGAAAACGAGGGUAGUAAGAUAUGUAUUAUGAUUAUGUGCGGGUUCAGAUAGAGGGGGGAAGAUUUUAAUCCAGACAAGUCAAAGCAACUUCUAAAUUUAGCAGGCUGUAUGAUGAAAUAUAGCCCAUUCAGUUGACCAAUCAUAGUGCAGCACAUGCUAACUCAAACUGAGAGAUUUAAUGAUAUAAUGUAUUUCAAGAACUAGAUUUGAUCCUUAAACAUCUCUGAAUUCUAAAGUAUGAUUGUUGAUAAGAUUGCAUUCCAUUUGGUUACUGUUCUGUAGAAGACUCCAACAUAUACCUUUGGUUCAUUUCAAAAUUAUUGAAAUGCAGAAUGUGAAAUUGUAAUUAUUGUUUUAAAUUUAACAUAAUGCUGAUGUUUCUCACCUGCAGUUCCAAUAAUUGUUGCACUCAAUAAAAUAGACAAGCCCAGGGUAAAUGUGGUAUGUUUCUUUCUUAUUUUUUAUGUAAAAUGUGGUAUUCUAAUCUUUCAGUUGCUGCAAAUGAAUUAAUUAAACCCUUAGCCUCUAAGAGUGACAAGCAUCUAAUUUCUCUUCACAGUAUCAUUGCUAAAUCAAACAUAAAAUUCUUGAAAAUUAAGGAAGUGAUCAUCAUUUUAAGAAAUUGAUCCUUUGUUGUCAAACAAAUUCUCCUCUUCAGUGCCAUUGGAAAUAUAUAGAGAAUGGUGUGGAGAAGAUGCAUAUUGAUCUUAAGGGUAUAGGGUUAAAAUGAAUGGUUACCGCUAUACUAGCAUUAAUAUUGUGGACUGCAGAUAUUUAACUUACUUCUAACGGUAUUUGCAGUAGUUAUACUGUAGCAUACUUAUUUUGAACUAAAAGUGGAAACAUCAGGUCCGUUUUGAUUUUCCAAAAGAAAAUUGCUGACAAGCAGAUUCAGAUUGGGUUUACUUUUAAUUACCUGUUAUCAGUAGUUUCCUGUCUAACUUUUGGUGAAAGUUCUACAGACAAACCACAGAGAAAAGAAUAAUCAGGACAAUUAAUCCCCAAUUACCUUAAAGUGGGUCACUCAAUCGACACUAGCCCUACAGUGUAGCACUGACAUGUUAGAAUGAGAGGGAUUUAUAGAAAACAGUUUAGAAAGCAUUGUGACUGAAUGCUUUGGCUGUUAGACUUCAAAUCUGGUUUUCCCAGGUUCCAACAGGUUCCUUCUCACUUAAUUUUUGUUCUUGGCUGUCCAGCAAUGUCAACUUCUUGGCUAAACUUUUUAUAUAGCCAACUGGUCAGUCUCCUGCCAGUCAGGGUUUUUAAACACUGUUUUAUUUACAAUGUUUCCAAUUUGUUUGUAUUGGGCCUGAAAAUCCCCACUGGCAGAGUAGUCAAGUAAGUGUACAUGACACAUGUACACAGUAAAUUACAAAUCAUGGUGAGUUCUUUGUUAUCAAAUCUGACACAGUCUUUGUUCUAUUACUGUUUAAAUAAUUUUAUGCAGGAGCAAGUCAAAAAACAGCUUCUGCAAUAUGGAAUUCAACUAGAGGAGUUUGGAGGGGACAUCCAAGCUGUAGCAGUGUCUGCCUUAAAUGUAUGAAUGAUUAGUCAGUCAAAAUGAUAACUAAAAGAAUAAUUCCACAUGCAAUGAGUGCAUUCUGACCCAUAGCACAAUGCCUAAUGGUCAAGUUAUUAAUAUUUAUUAACUUUUAUUUAAAAGAUAAAGCUUCUUUUAAGGGAGAAGUGCAAAUGGAAGGGUAAUUCAUGAGAAAGAAAAGAAGAAAAAAAAAAUCUUUUGGCCAAAAUCCUUGGACCCCUGAGAGUGACCAGCAUCUAAUUUCAGUUGAUACAAUCUCACCCCUGAAUCACACAUAGUCACACAUGGUCAUGAGCAUAAAGGAAAUGGUUACCAACUGAAGAAGCUCUUUACUUUAACUAAACAAAUUCUCCUUUUCAGCACCAUAGGAAAUGUGUAGAGAACAGUAUGGAGAAUCUGCAUACUGAUGUAACAGUGAAAAGGGUUGAAAUGAAACCUUAAAUUUUAAUGAUCUACAAUCGCGGUUUAUUUGAUUAACACUUUUAUAAGGAAAGUAAUCUCUCUUGUGUUGAAGGGAACCAAUUUUGAUGAACUGCUGGAGGCAAUCCACACUCUUGCAGAGUUACAAGAUCUAAAAGCCAAAGUAGAUGGGCCAGUGGAAGCAAUUGUCCUAGAGUCAGGCAAAGACAAAGGAAGGGGGUAUGUCUAAUUUUUCUUAAAAGUAUUUGCAGUAGUUAUAUUUUAUCCUAGUUGACAAUUUUCACUAUUAUAUAAUAGUGUAAAACAGUUGUGUCUGGAACACCCUUAAUUGACUUCAAAUAGACUAAUUAUGAGUGUCUUGGGGAGAUUUUGUGUGUUAUAUAUGGCUAUCUGUACAGUUGGUUGAUUAUGGGUGAUGAAGGUAGACUCAUUUUAAUUUAAUCAUGGACAAAUUUUAUUUCAGCUCCAUUGCAACCAUUCUUGUGAAUAGUGGAACACUGAGGAUAGGUCAUAUUCUGCUUUGUAAUCAAGCAUUUGCAAAGGUAAACUUCAUGCUGACUUGAGGUUGUUAAAACCUUUCUCUAAAUUAAACACAUUUGAAUAAAUAGACUGGAAGAGUAUAAGGAACAAGUAAGUUGCCCAGAAUAUUAAAAAAGUUUUGUUUACAGCAAAAAUUUUGGUCAUCUCAGAGUAUAAGAGUUUCUUCCUACUAAAUACAAAUAGAUAUAACAAGAUUUUUAGCCUGCAAAAUUCCCAUGGUAAAAAGUGUUCCCAGUUCAGCCAUCAUUAUGGGUUAGAAAUUGUAACUGUAAUUUAAUGAUAUCAUAAUGGAGUUUAAUUUUUUUGGACCUCAAGGUACGUCUCAUUCUUAAUGACCAUGGUCAAACUGUGACAGAGGCCAUGCCCUCAACUCCAGUAGAAGUAGUGGGUUGGAGGGACACUCCUUCUGCAGGAGAUGAGGUCAUCCAAGUUGAAACAGAGGUAAAUUCUACAGAUUUAUUAGUUAACUUAACUCUUUCACUCCCGCAGUCUCACUGGUAAUUCUCCUUACUGUCUGCUGUACAAUUCUGUUGGUGUAAGUUUGGAGAAUUUGGUAUUACAUCAUCUAAUAAAGCCCUCACUGAUAUUUUUCUUUAUUCUCAUCAUCUGUUUGCUUGAUAUUGUAUUGAUUUGGUAAGGAAAAAUCCAUCCUGUCAUUGUCACUUGUAAGAGAUAAAGGAUCAGUCAGCAAUAAUUCAAAAAGCGAAGAGAGCAACAGACAAAUUACUAGAUUAAAGUAGUUUACUUUUACACAAUGUAAGACAACAACUAUUUUAAAAUACUAUUACUUCUGUUAAAUCUAAAAGUAUAACUUGUUUCAAAGUUAGACACGCCAUCUUCAUUUCCAUAGCUGGAGCUACACCAUUCUUGAAACUGUCCUUGGAAAUCACUCAUUCAACAUCCUUCUUACAAAAUAUGUUUUUAGGAAGAAGCUAGGGAUGCUGUAGAGAAGAGAAAGGCAGUACUACGGCAAAGGAAACUGCUUUCAGAAGAUGUGCAUAAUGCCCUUCUGGAUGUAGAGCUGAGCUACAGAAAGGAACCAGCUCCCAAGCAGCCUAGCAGUGAAUAUGACUGUAAAGACAAAUUAAAUAUUAUCAUUAAAGGUUUGUGCAAAAUGAUACAGUUGUUAGAAUUCAAGGUUAAAUGGGCCUGCUAAACAUUUUCUCCUUGUCAGCACCUUUAGAAAAGCAAAGAAUGUUAGGGGUAAACAGUUAGGAUCUCCUAAAAAUGAUCUGACUGAACUCUUUCCUAGUCAGAGAAAAAAAUUAUUCUGCUCUUCAUUGUUGCGAUGCUGUAAAUUGAUGUGACUGAUCAUGAUAUGCAUUAAUUUAGAGGUCACUGAAAGAAGUGAUUCCUUACAACACAAAUGUUAUUCACAAAAUUUGAAAUUUAUUUUCUUCACAACCUGUAAAACUAUAUAAAUUUACCAUCAAGAACAUAACUUGUUUGUGAGUACUAUGGCCUUGCACUCAAACUUUUAUCGUUUACCAUAUCAUCAAAUAAAGUUAACUGUUUCAGGUGUAAAUACACUAUAUAUACAUCAUAACAAUCAAUUUGAGGUCUCUUCUUGAGUAAUUGAGAGUGAAGCUGUUGUGGUCAAAUUGAAUGUGGGUGCAGAGUUGUUGACUUUUCUUCAAUCCUUGCCAAACAGGUGAUGUUGAUGGUUCCUUAGAAGCAAUCAGUGAUGCUUUAAAAACAUACAAAUCAAAGAUGGUGAAGUUGACAGUUCUAUCCAGCCAAGUUGGAACUGUUACUGAAAGUGACAUCAAGCUUGCAGAGACUUUUCAUGGUAAGAAAACUUAAAUCUAUUUUCUUUUCUCUGAAACUGCAAAUGUUUAUUCACAAUCUAUCUAUGUACAAGUCUGUUCACAAUUAUUCUGGAACAUCAAAAUUGUUGCAAUUGGUGCUGUUGUUGUUGUUGCUUCUGUCGUUGUCAAUUUACCAUCAUUUUCAUCAUUACUGUCACUAUCUUACCUCUCCACCUCAUGCCAACUACGUCAAAUAGGUAGCAGAUGUCCUUCCCCAUUCCAGUUCUUAAAAAUGUCAAUUACAGCACCACAUAAAUACCUUUCAGACUAAGAUUUAGUUGAGAUGAACUUAUGCUCCAAGCAACUACAUUACAGUAACUUACAACCAGGAUCAAAAGCCAUAAAUUAAAGGAAUAGUAAUUUUAACCUGGUAAUGAUUUCAGAAUCUUUUAUUUCCCUCUGUACUUGCAAUUAAUUACAGGUAUAAUUUUGGGCUUCAAUGUGAAGAUUACAAAACAGAUGUUGUCUUUGGCUAGACAGCGUGGUGUGGAUGUGAAACAGCACAGAAUAAUUUACAAGCUUUUGGAAGAUGUUAAGGUAUAUCGAAUUAGUAUGUCAUCUCAACUUUCCAGCCAGAUUAUUAUUCUGAAAAGGUUAAUAUGUAAAUGAAAUUAUCUCAUCUGCUAUGUUCCACCAAUUUUAUUAACUCAACUUGGUCCUGGUCUCCCUCUCUCUUUCACUCUGACAUUAGUAUUGUGCCAUUUACUAUUUUGCUUCAUUUUAAUGUAGUGAACACCUGGAACAAGCCACCUAUAGCACAUGUCUACUGGGUGCAGAACGCAUUAUAAUGCAUCUUAAAUCACAGUAGCAAAGCAAACAAUCUUAAAAUUUUAAUAGAGAGCACUAAAAAGCUCAUAGUAUUUUUAUUAGAACCCUAAAUUCUCUGAUGCUGUUAGGUAAAUAUUUUUGUGCCAUUUGUUCUGUUAUGGAUUUAUUGGGUCAUUAAUCUUACAGUUAUAAUUAUCUUGCAUUGCACUUGCAGGCUGAACUAAACAAGAGAAUCACUCCUAUUCAUGAAGAAAGCAUUACUGGUGAAGCAGCAGUUCUUAAAGUGUUUAAACUUACUGGCCGACGGAAGGCCACAGUAGCUGGUUGUCAGGUCAAGACUGGGACACUUGAUCGCAAGAGUUUGUACAGAAUAACAAGGAAUAAUGAAGUGGUAUAUGAAGGUGAUGUCUUUGAUUUGGGUUGAUAAAAAUAAUCUUGUUUUUGUGUAAUUGUGUGUAUUUUUUGAUGAUAAAACUGGAAAGGCUCUGAUUUCACUUAUUUUUCAGCUAGCAUACUUAUUUCUACUUAUAUCCUGUCCACAACUUUCAAUACUGUUUCCCCUUUUGAAAAGGGUGAGACUUGAUGCAAGCAAUGUUUUUUCAUGAAAUCAUUUCACCCUAAGCUUGCAACUUAAUGAUGAAUAUGUAACUUGCUAUAUUUGACACAGUUGAUGUCAAGCAGCAGAGAACAAUUAGACAAAAGAAUGAUAAAAUCAAUGAAAGAGAUAAGUUUGGCAGUUGGUUUUCUUGUGACAUGUUCUGUGUUUUCUCCACAAAAGAGCUGUAACUUUCUCCUGCAAUUUCAAAGCUUGUCAAGAGACUGGAGAGGGGAUUUGUUUUUCUUAUUUUGUACUUUGAUGACUUCCUCUUAGAGCUAUUGGUUAAAAAGUCCAAAAAUAAAGAAUCAAAUUUGUUUGGCUGUCUUGGUAACUAAAUGUUUCUAAACUGACUUUUUUUACCAGGACGACUGGCCUCCAUGAAGCAUGGUGUUGAUGAUAUAAGCCAAGCUAAAAGGGAAACAGAGUGUGGCUUGUCAUUUGAGAAGUUCUUGGAAGUCCAAGAAGGAGAUGUGGUUCAAUGUUACACUGUGAAUGUCAUUAAACCAGAAAUUGAUUGGGAUUGGGGUUUCUGAUAUACCACAAAAAAAAGAUAAUCUCUUCAUGUAAAAUACUUAUAAAUUAAUCUUGUCGUGGGCUUUUUAAUAUCAAUGAUAGGUGGAUUUUACAAUGUAAUAGGUGGUUAGCUUCAAAUUUUAUCAAAAAUAAUGCAUCAAGGUUGUAUAUGAUCAUUGCGCUUAAGCUGUCUUCCCAUUUGUAAAAAAAAAUGGAAAACAUUUGAGGAAUUGUAUCCAUCAAGAGAAAUAAAGCAAGUAAACUUUGAAAUUAUUAUUUAACUUUCUUUGUUCCUCCUUAAAAACAAUUUUAAUAAAAAAUUUUGAUCAUGGUGA